UUUUUCCGUUAGGGUUAUUUUGUAUAAACAUGGUCUGAAACUGUCAAAACUAGAAAUUAGAUUUAGAAAACAAGUGCAUGAGUGUCACCAAGCACAUUAUGACCAGCAUCCGUUGGUAUUUCAACAGUGGCAAGUGGAAUCCCAGCGCUGCCGACUGGGUCCGGGCAGCACAAAGGGUUCAACCAGAGGAGAAAGACAGGAUUGGCAAGUUUGUAUUCAAGAAGGAUGCAAAAUCUUCUAUGAUUGGCAGACUGAUGCUUAGGAGAAUGCUUCACAGACUGACCAAGAUUCCCUACGCAGACAUUCGAUUGGCUCGCACAGAGAAAGGCAAGCCGUAUCUGACAAACGAAUUGCCCCCUGACCUUGUAGGUCUGAGUUUCAACGUGAGUCACCACGGUGACCUGGUGGUGCUUGCUGGAGAACUGGCCUGCGAUGUUGGCAUAGAUGUCAUGAAACUGGAGACACCAGUUGGAGCACAGACAGUGCAGGACUUUUUCCACACUAUGCGACGUCAGUUUACAGCAGAAGAGUGGGCAUGUAUCCGACAAGGGACAGAUGACAGGGAGCAACUCAAUACCUUCUACAGACUCUGGUGCCUAAAAGAGAGCUAUGUCAAAACACUAGGGGUGGGGAUCGGCUUUGAGGUGAAGAGGCUAAGUUUCACUCUGCGAGAUUCCCUAACUGCAGAGGGGGGCAAUGUACACAGCACGGUACUAGCAGUGGACGGUUCACCCGCCCUUGGCUGGGAGUUCUCUGAAACCUUGAUCGAGGAUCAUUGUAUUGCUGUCGCUAGGAAACUAGGCGGGGAUGUGAAGUCUUUUCUUUCUAAAGAGGAGCGCCUCCAUAAUGUGAGCACAUUUCAAAACUUGACAUUUGAAGAGCUCCUAGAAGGCAGUGUACCCCUAAGUGAGCCUGAUGAACUCUAUGGCAAUAUAUUCAUCAGUAAGAAGAAAAAUCCUUGGUCAACAUGAUAAAUAGAGCAAUUAUAAUUUAAAAAGCUCUUUUGAAGUUUGUUUGUUGUUAAUGAACUGGUGUUUUAUCAAAGAGUAUGUUGGGACAGUAAUCCCUAAACACCUUCGUAACUUUCAAACAAUAAUUACACUAUGUGAUUUUUUUUUUUAAUGUGUCAUCAUGCAAUUUUGUUUUCCACAAAGCUUUAAAACAAGCGUAAGCAAUAUUUACUGGUUAAAAUCAUUUUAAACUUUAAAUAAUACAUAAAGAGAUAUUGAUAAGACUGUCACAAAUGAAAAUUCUGUGAAUUGAAGAAAGUUUAUCCUUAAAUUAUCUUAAUAAUCUUUGGCAUAUAAAUUUGCUAGCGAAAAUUUUAUAUGGAGGAAAAAUUCUAUUAGCUAACAUUCUCUUGGUAUGCACUUGAAAAAAUUCAAUAUUGUAAUAAUCUAACGGUGUUACUUUUUUUGUUUAGUUUAUAUCUAACAAUUGCUUUGUACAUCUGUAUAAGAGUGGUUACAUUCUUGAUAACAACUGAUCAGAUAGUUAUAGGACUUGCAAAACAUAGGUUCUUAUAGCAUUGCAGAUUUUCUAAACAUUUUGAGUUACUUCACGGAAUUACUUUACAUCCGAAACUUUGCAUAACAUUUUGAUAUACUUUGAAGAUGUUUUCACUAUUGUUAUUGAUAAUAUUUCAUCAACUGUCAGUGACUUAAAAUCAUGAUAACUUGAAGUUAUCAUUCCUAAACAAUAUGUAGUUUCGCAUUUGAUUUUUAGCUCAGGUGAGCUUUUGUGACCGGUCUUUGUCCGUCGUCUGUCCGUUCACAUUUGUUCGUUAACACUCUAGAGGCCACAUUUCUUGUCCGAUCUUCAUGAAACUUGGUCAGAAGCUUUGUCCCAAUGAAUUUCGUUCGAGUUCGAAACUGGAUCGUGACGGGUCAAAAACUAGGUCACCAGGUCAAAAAAAAGAAAAACCUUGUAAACACUGUAGAAGUCAUAUUUCAUGCCCAAUCUUCAUGUAACUUUUUCAGAAUGGUUGUCUUUAUGAUAUCUUGGUUGAUUUCAAAAGUGGUUCCAGUCUGUUGAAAAACAUGGCGGCCAGUGGGCGGGGCAGUUUUCCUUAUUUGGCUAUUGAGAAACCUUGUAAAUACUCUAGAGGCCACAUUUUUUUGUCCGAUCUUCAUGAAACUUGGUCAGAAGCUUUUUCCCAAUGAUAUCUUAGUCGAGUUCGAAACUGGGUCAUGCCGGGUCAAAAACUAGGUCACUAGGUCAAAAAAAGGAAACCCUUGUAAAUGCUGAAUCCGAUCUUCAUGAAACUUGGUCAGAAGCUUUGUCCCAAUGAAAUCUCGUUCGAGUUCGAAACUGGAUGGUGACGGGUCAAAAACUAGGUCACCAGGUCAAAAAAAAGAAAAACCUUGUAAACACUGUAGAAGUCACAUUUCAUGCCCAAUCUUAAUGUAACUUUGUUAAAAUGCUUGUCUUAAUGAUAUCUUGGUUGAGUUCAAAAGUGGUUCUGGUCCGUUGAAAAACAUGGGGCCAGUGGGGGGAGCAGUUUUCCUUAUUUGGCUAUUGAGAAAGCUUGUAAACACUUUAGAGGCCACAUUUCUUGUCCGAUCAUCAUGAAACUUAGUCAGAAGAUUUGUCCCAAUGAUACCUCGAUCUAGUUCGAAACUGGGUCAUGCUGGGUCGAAAACUAGGUCAUUAGGUAAAAAAACAAAAAAAAUUUAUAAACACUGGAGAAUUCACAUUUCAUGCCCAAUCUUCAUGUAACUUUGUAAAAAUGGUUGUCUUAAUGAUAUCUUGGUUGAGUUCAAAAGUGGUUCCAAUCCAGUCCGUUGAAAAACAUGGUCGCCAGUGGGCUGGGCAGUUUUCCUUAUUUGGCUAAAGAGAAACCUUGUAAACACUCUAGAGGGCACAUUUCUUGUCCAAUCUCUAUGAAUCUUGGUCAGAAGAUUUGUCCCAAUGAUACCUUGUAAACACACUUGAGGCCAUUGUUUUGGUCCAAUAAUAAUGAUACUUGACCAGGAUGUUUUUCUUGAUGAUAUCUAUGCAAAGUUUGACAUUGGGUCAUGUGGGGUCAAAAUCUUGGUCAGGAGGUCCAAAUCCUAAAAAAAACCUUGUAAACACAUGUAGAAUUAGCAUUACUUGCAAAUGUUUGCAUGCAAAAAACCCAUGCAAAUAGACAGUACUCAAUCAUAAUUAAUCAUAUGCUGACACUGCAAAAGUAAACAGAAGAGAACCAAUCUAAUAUGCUCUAGAGUACUGAAUUUUCAACUAACGGUAAGCAAUGAACAAGGCCCUGUAAAAAAAGGUGAGCGAUCUAGGGCCAUCUUGGCCCUCUUGUUUUUUGGCAACUGGAGAUUUAUCCUUCAUUGAAUUUUGAUGUUGCGACUAGAUCUUUCCAACUACAAGUUAGGGUUGUUCUUACUUAACAGUGUUAUUAUUUGAUAUUGUUAAGAUUUUCUAGUCAUUUGUUAUUGCUAAAGAACAGGUGAAUAAACAAAAUUAUAACUUUA